UUCCCAUAAAAUCACAUUAGUCGCUCGUUAUUAUCUGGAAGACGCAGAUCACCAAUGAAAAUGAAGUUAAUUUGUAUCGUAGGCAUCAUCUUAGCUCUGUAUGGGGUUGCACUGUGCUCUGAGCCGCCGAGGAUAAAAGAUCCGAUCUGUAGUCAAGAACCGGCCAAAAACUCACUUGGUAAUAGAACUUGCUUUGCCUAUGAGCCACGUUUUACGUAUUAUAACAAGACGAACGAGUGUAAAGGGUUUAUAUACGGUGGUUGUGGUGAGAAUGAUAAUAGUUUCUUCGACAAAAUUGCAUGCGAGGCAAAAUGCGUGUAAAAAUCCAUUCCAUUUUUUACUGUUAUAUAUAUAAUAAUAAAAUGACAUGCAGUCGAAAAUGUCGACUUGCUAUCGAACUAGA